AUGUUAGAAGGGAUAGUUGCGAACCUGUUGAACAGGUUCCUGGGGAUGUAUGUGAAGAACUUCGAUGCAGGACAGCUUAAUGUCGGUAUAUGGUCCGGUGAUGUCAAACUACGAGACCUGGAACUUCGCCGCGAGGCACUUGACCAACUACAUCUACCGCUGAACGUUAUCGAAGGCCAUCUCGGCGAACUCACGCUCUCUAUUCCAUGGUCUAAUCUUCGAGGGAAGCCCGUGAAAGUGCAUAUUCAAGAUGUGUUCCUCCUUGCGGCGCCGAAGGAGGAUUCCACUUACGACCCAGAAGAAGAGAGGAAGAGAGAGCAUGCGGUUAAGAUGGAGAAGCUUGAAAGUGCUGAGCUUAUCAAGGAGCAGAAUACCGAGGGUAUGAGCCAGGAGGAGCAACAGAAGAACCAGAGCUUUACGCAGAGCUUGAUAACUGCCAUCGUCAACAAUCUCCAGGUGGCUAUCAAGAACGUUCAUUUUCGUUAUGAAGAUGCCAUUGCUGCUCCUGGACAUCCAUUCGCCGCGGGUGUCACGAUCAAGGAACUUAGUGCUGUCAGCACGGAUUCAAAUUGGAAGCCUACCUUUAUACAGUCGACGUCUACCAGCAAUUAUAAACUUGCUGUCCUGAACUCUCUGGCAGUCUACUGGAACACAGAUGCAGAGCUCUUUGCGCCAGAUCAUGGAGCUUCUACAGAGUCAGGAGAAGCUGGAGAUACUGAUGCCCCGAUAUUCAGCCAUGCUGAUUUGCUAGAGAAAUUCCGAGAUGCUGUUGCUACGGGUGAGAACAAUCAGUAUAUUCUCAAGCCUGUCAGCGGCAAAGCUGGCCUGGAAUUAGACACCUCCCAGAAUGUCGAUCAUCCGCGAGCCAAAGCUAAAUUGAUAUUCGAUGAACUCGGCUUUGUGCUCGACGACCAUCAAUACCGUGAUGUUUUGAUGCUAGUCGACCUCUUCCAUUACUUCAUUCAGCAUCGAGAGUAUCGAAGCUUGAUGCCCGCUUGCCGGCCAAAGGAAGACCCCCGUGCCUGGUUCAGGUUUGCUGGUCAAGCCAUUCUCAGUAAAAUCCACGAACGAAACCGCAAAUGGACUUGGGGCUAUAUAAAAGAACGGAGGGAUAAUCGUAUCCGGUAUAUCGAGUUGUUCAAGAUGAGAAAGAGAGAGGACCCCAUGUCACCUGCGGAGACGGAGGAGAUGAAAGCUCUUGAAGAGAAAUUGUCGUACGAAGAUCUGCGGUUUUGGCGGUCCCUUGCUAGAAACCAUCUGAGAAAAGAGAGGAUUGAGUGCCCAAAGAAGGUUGUCAGACAGCAGACCUGGUCCGAGUGGAUAUGGGGAACGAGUCCAAAGGAGGAAGACCAGCCCACGUCCAUGACGGAAGAACAACGACAGGAACUGUAUCAAGCUAUAGAUUGGGAUGAGAAGAAAGCUAUAGCUGAUGCGGUUGAUCUUCCCCGAGACUCCGUCAAGUUCCAGGUAGACUCGAGCCUCCGAGCUGGCAGCUUCACCUUAAAACGAGAUCCUCAUGGCAAGGCGGAUGAGAUAUUAAAGCUGGUCUUUGAGAACUUCCAGGCAAAGGCACUACAGCGGCCGGAUUCGUUCUUGGUCCAGGUUGAUCUCGGUGGGUUACGGCUGUUCGAUCAUACCACGGACAAUACUGCCUUCCCUCAGAUUGUCCGUGUUAAAGAUAGCUAUUCCAUGCCAAGCAAGAAUGUUGAAGAGAUUACCGAAAUGGAUAUACCUGAAUCCCCUGACAUUGAAACGAUAGACCGUGAGAACGAUGAUAGCCUGUUCUAUCUCCAGUUUGAAUCAAAUCCCCUAGAUGGGAGCGCGGAUUCUGCUCUUCGCAUGAAACUCAAAAGUCUUGAAGUUAUAUAUACCCCCAAGGUAUUAGUUGAGAUCGUCAAGUUCUUCCGCCCUCCGGAACGACAUAUGGAAUCCAUCGGCGCUCUCCUGGAAACUGCGGGGGCAACUGUUGCGGAAAUACGUCAACAGACAAGAGCUGGGCUGGAGUUUGCCCUUGAAGAGCACAAGACCAUUAACGCCCAGCUGGACAUCCAGGCUCCACUUAUCAUUAUACCUGAGAGCAUUACUACAGGUGACAGCAUGUGUCUCAUCUUUGAUGCCGGUAGAGUGAGCGUGACCAGCAAGCUGGUCGACAAGGAGACUCUGAAGAUGGUUCAGAGCAAGCAAGGCACUGAAAUCGGCGACGAUGACCUCAGCCGACUUGAAUCCUUGAUACCCAAAACGGAAUCAAAGAACCUGCAUAUCAUGGACCGUAUCAAUAUGGACUUUGUGCUUGAGUUAUGCAUUGCCCCCAAGUCAACACUCACCAGGACACGGAUAUCAGGCCAUCUUCCAGAAUUCCACGCCUCUAUGUCGGAUACGAAAUACAAAAAUCUCAUGAGACUGAUUGACAUUGCCAUCCCGAGAUUCGACACCGAGGAGUCGUCCACGAAUUCAGCGGAGAAAGUCGCACAACCAGAAACUACAUCAGUUGAAACCAGAGCCAGGUCGCAGUCGAUUCAGUUCCCUCGACAAAAAGACGUACCUGUUUUGCAGUCGGAAAACGACAUCGCAGGCCCCGAUGAUAGGAAAUCAGCAGAAUCGAAGACUCCUAAAAAUAUACAUCGGCGUAUGUUUGAAUUCAAGUUUACCGUGGAUACCCUGAGGGGCUCAUUGUAUCGAUCUGACCCCAGCGAUGAAAGAAAAGAUAGACUGCUGGUUGAACUGGUGGCUGAACACUUCCAACUCGACUAUAAUCUCAGAGAAUAUGACAUGGCUGCUGACAUUGUUCUGAAAUCUUUGAGUAUUGAAGAUUAUAUCGAAGAGCAUUCGUCUGCCCCCGAAUUCAAGAAAAUUGUCACAUCCAGGGGCUUCGAUGCAAAUGAAGAGAAGGACUUGUUCACUCUAAAAUUUAUCAGAGUUAAUCCCAGCUCUCCCGAGUUCGUUUCAGUGUAUGAUGGCGUUGAAAUGAACCUCGACCUAGUAGUGUCGACCAUUAAUUUGAUUGUUACUCGGAAGACAUUGCUUACCCUAUUGGAUUUCAUUUUAAUUACUUUCACCAACCAGAAUCCACAGGACCAGGUUCAAAACUCUCAUGAACAAGCCGCCUCCAAUGACUCAAAGGAAGCUCCGAAGCCAGCUAAUACAGGGAAAAUUCGAAUAAGCUCAAAGUUAGAGAGGAUUUCCCUUAUCUUGAAUGACGAUGGCAUUCGUCUAGCCACCCUCAGUCUGAAUACUGCGGAUGUUGGAAUAUUCCUUGCCAAUGAAACGAUGCAGAUCAAAUCAAGAAUGGGCAGUCUGACCUUAUUCGAUGAUAUCAAUGAAAACGGCAAGUCGUCAACAGUCCGUCGGCUUAUGAGUAUUGAAGGGGAUGAUUUCGCGGAUUUCCGCUACCAAACUUUCAACCCGAAACUUAAAGACUAUCCUGGUUACGAUUCAGAGGUAGCUUUACGAUCUGGUUCGAUCAAAAUAAACUUCAUCGACGAGCCGUACCGAAGGGUUAUUAAUUUCCUAGUUAAGUUUGGGAAGAUGCAAAGUAUAUUCAACGCAGCCCGUCAGGCUGCAGCCAACCAAGCUACACAAAUCCAAGAAAGCUCAUCACUGAUGCAUUUUGAUAUCAUGGUCAAGACACCCAUCCUGGUGUUUCCCCGAAUAACCGACCGAGACGGACCUCGAGAUUUCAUCACCGCUCAUUUGGGAGAGAUAUAUGCUAGCAACGAGUUUUCUCAAGCUGACCAUGGAGAAGCAAGGUACCUGGUUAACACCAUCACCGCUGGAAUCCGUCAUAUCCGCCUCACGUCUACCUUCUACUACUCGGAAGAUGUCUGUGAAGAAUUGGAGAUGAUUGAGAAAGUGGAUAUGGAUUUCAAUAUCAAAUAUGUUCAAGAACCCGUUGACAAUUCCAUACCCGUUAUGCGUGUUGAUGGCUCUAUGUCACCCACCAAUCUUCGGAUUUCGCAAAUGCAGCUUAAAUUCCUCCUCGAGCUAUCCCAAACCAUCCCGGCUGCGUUUUCACCUGACCAAGAACUUCAAGAAGGACAAGCCCAUCAGGCCCUACCCGAACUAUCUGCGGGGUUAAGUACAGCCGCUAGUUCAGAAAAAUCCAACGAGUCCAAGUCACUCACGGAUGGAUCUGGUAAAAAUGCCGCAGAGCCUAAAAAGUCAAUUCAACUCGAAUUAGGAUUCCGCGUGGAAACUAUUGGGUUAGAACUGCUCCUUGUGAACGAGGAGGCGCCGGUUCAGUCUCUCGAUGAUGUUAGCUUGUCUAAGUUCUUCUUGAGCAAUACCAAUGUGAAGCUCCGGAUGUUGAACAAUGGCUCCCUCGAGUCUGAACUGCUUAUCCACUCCUUUAAUGUACGAGACAGCAGAUCAAAGGAGAUAAACCGGUUCCGUAAGAUUAUGUCCCUGGUCAAUACCGAAGUUCAGCAACAGUUUAUGGCCAGUCUUUCCAUGUCCGGUGGUACCGAUCGCCAAUUAGUGGUGAUGGUAACAAUCGAUAGCCCGCGUAUUAUAUUCGCUGUCGAUUAUCUGUUCUCUCUCAAAUCAUUUGCAGCAGCGGCAUUCCCUGCUGAGCCAGAUACAGAUGCUUCAGAAAGCUCGGAUGAAGAGUCCUCGGGCCCGGUUGUGUCGCGUGAGAACCUGCAAUCUAAACCAGCGACUAUUCCUUCAAGCGCUAUGACAGCAGAAAACAAAUCUUCCCUUACAAUGUCCUUCAGAUUCAACAUGGUUGAUUCUCAAGUCAUCCUGGUCGCUAACCCAACGAUUGCGAACACAGAAGCUAUCGUCCUGGGGGCUAAACAAAUUGUCUAUUCCCAGCAGAAUGCGUCAACUCUUCAAAUCACCAAGGUCGGCAUGUUCCUUUGCCGUAUGGAUAAAUUUGAGACCAGUAGACUGCGUAUUCUGGACGACUUUUCGCUAGAAUUAUCCAUGGAUACUCAGAGUAAGAGCAAAAGUUUCUCUACAACCAGGAUUGACAUGCAUGUGGAGCCAUUGAUUCUUCGGUUGUCACCACGAGAUAUCCUCCUUGCUCUGCAGAUAAUGAACAGAGUAUCUGAGAUGACUUCACCGACACAGCCUCAGAAUGCAGCAAGCGAGUCGAAAGCUAUUGCUGCUAAACCCACACAGGCAGACCUACAGUCACCAAGUACCCCCGUUCAAUCUCGAUUGACUGCAGCAGAUAGAAUUCAACAGUCAUCCAUAGUGAAGAAGGAAGAAAUGUCCAUUCAAAUGGAUGGUAUUAGAGUUAUACUGAUUGGUGAUGUACACAUACUUCCCUUGCUUGACUGGAGUGUGCAGUCAUUCCGAGUCGAUGUCAGAGACUGGUCUGCCAAUAUGAGUGCUGAUACCACUUUCGACACCUUCAUCAACGUUUACAAUUUCUCGAAGUCUACUUGGGAGCCGUUGAUUGAGCCCUGGCAGCUUGGAUUCCAUAUGUCGAAAGAACUAAGCCCUGACAUAUUCUCUAUUGAUGCAUAUUCCCAUAAGAACAUGGAGUUAACAGUCACAUCUGCAACGAUUGCUUUGGCGUCUAAAACAAUGCAAUUCUUGUCUGCGGAUGAGGACGUUCUUUCAAAGCCCAGAGGUACAGAUACUCCUUAUCGAAUCCGAAACUAUACAGGCUUUGAAUUGCGAGUAUGGGCAGACACUGGCAAUGGAGAGGAAGGGCAUGCCUGUACCCUGGAAGAUGGCGAAGAAUACCCCUGGAGGUUUGAAGACCCAACUACUAUGCGAGAGAACCUUACUCCGGAGGGCAACGCUGGUACGGUAGGAAUUAAGCUUGAGGGCAGUGGAUUCGAUAGCAUCAGCCGCAUCCCCCUCAUCCGUGAGGGGGAAACACUUUAUAAUCUGAAGCCAAAGAAAGAUAAAGUGCUACAUAAGCUGUUGGUGGAAGUCAGCUUGGGGACAGAUUACGUCAAGUAUAUCACCUUCAGAUCCCCCCUUGUGGUGGAGAAUAAGACACAAAUACCCGUUGAGGUUGGGGUAUAUAGCCCCGAAGAGGGACAUCUUCUUAAGAUUGAAAAAAUACUUCCAGGUGAUUCACGUCCAGCACCAGUGGGUGCCGCAUACCUACAUUCUCUCGUUGUGCGCCCAGAUCAGGGCUUCGGGUACAAUUGGUCAAACGAGAGGCUCUUCUGGAAAGAUUUGCUGAGACGACCGACCAGAACCCUCAAAUGUCAGAGUGAGAAUGGACAACAAUCUCCACCAUUCUACUUCCAGAUGAAUGCCACUUUUGACAAGAAUGAUCCUCUUCUGUCCGUAUAUCCGUACAUGCGGGUUCGUGUCUCUGCUCCUAUUGAGAUCCAAAACUUACUUCCAUAUGACUUUAAGUACCGCAUAUAUGACAAAAACUUGAAGAAAGAUUGGACGAACUUCCUUAGAAAAGGAGGGGUGAGUCCGGUCCAUGUCGUGGAGCUUUCUCAUGUACUCCUCCUAAGUAUUGACAUGCAGGAUACAGCAUUCAGGCAAUGCGAGUUUGCAAUAGUCAAUGGGAAUGUCCAAGAGGAUUUCAGGAGAGAGUCUACCCUUACUGUCCAAGAUGAUCAAGGCCAAGAACUGAAACUAGGCCUUCACUACUUUACCGUUCCCGAUAGUGGUGGUGCCUUUAAGGUCUCUGUGUUCAGUCCCUAUCUUGUUCUGAACAAAACCGGACUCGAUCUCAACAUACAAAGCAAAGGCGUCUUCCACGGAGGCAGGUCUGCAGCGGGUCGGGCUAUAAAAACAGAUGCAAUGAAUGGAGUCCGUUCUGCCAUUCCUUAUAUGUAUUCUUAUCCAACAGACGACCGUAAGAACCGGUCAGUCUUGAGGGUUAAUGGCUCUUCGUGGAGCAAGCCCCAGAGCUUCGAAGCCAUAGGAAGCAGUUUCGAGGUUACUUUACCAGGUUCCAAUGGCCGAACCGAGUAUCACGCAGGCGUGACGGUAGAAGAGGGGACUGGUAAAUACAAAGUCACUAAAAUAGUCACAGUAUCCCCCAGAUUCAUACUCGAGAACAGGCUGGAUGAAGAAUUGGUUGCUCGUGAGCCAGGUUCUUCCAAUGUUAUCUCUCUAAAGCCUGGUGAACUUGUGCCGCUGCAUUUCCUGAGGCAAGCAGCUGAAAAACAGCUUUGCUUCUGCUUCCCUGGUGUUAACAAUCAGUGGUCCUCCUUGUUCAACAUUGCUGACCUAGGAAUAACUUAUGUGAAACUAGCAAAGGCAAACCAGCGCCAGAGAUUACUCAAAGUUGAAGUGCUUAUGGAAGGUGCUACAAUAUUCUUACGCAUUAGUAUGGAGGCAGUACACUGGCCGUAUUCUAUGAAGAAUGAAUCGGAUGCAGAAUUCAUAUUCUUCCAAGCGAACCCAAACGUUAACGAGGACGAAGAUGAUCGCAGCACUACCUGGCGGCCUAUCCGUUACCGUCUUCCGCCCCGCAGUAUCAUGCCCUACGCAUGGGAUUAUCCUGCCGCUAAAAACAAGUCUCUUGUUCUGCUAUGUCGAGGAAAGGAAAGAUAUAUCAAACUCGCUGAAAUGGGCAACUUGAUACCAAUGAAGCUCCCGCCAACCCAGGAUUUGCCCCAAAAGAUUAUUGAUAUCCGCAUUGAAGCAGAAGGUCCUACGCAAACUCUUGUCUUAUCCAAUUUCCGACCAUCAAGAAGUGUAUAUAGGCAGCAAAAGCCUGCCUCUUCUCAAACCAGUGUGUCCACUGGAUUUGAAGUCAAGGAAAUCAACUCGGACAUUACGUUCAAAGCACAACUUCGAUUAAACGGUAUCGGGAUAUCCUUAGUCAACCAGAACUUGAGGGAGCUCGUGUAUAUCACGUUCCGCGAGAUAGAUCUCAAGCUCAGCGAAUCUAAGAUCUACCAGACGGUCAAUACCACUAUCAAGUGGAUACAAGUUGAUAAUCAAUUAUAUGGCGGAAUAUUCCCAAUUCUUCUAUACCCAAGCGUUGUCCCGAAAACUGGUAGGGAGAUGGAGGCGCAUCCAAUUUUCACAGCUACGGUUACCCGGGUUAAAGACGACUCAUAUGGAGUCUUGUAUGUGAAGUAUGCUUCACUUCUUGUUCAGCAGAUGACUCUUGAACUCGAUGAAGACUUCAUUUUUGCCCUCCUUGACUUUGUGAAGGUUCCAGGCGCCUCUUGGUCCGAGGAACGUGAGGACCCCAUUUGUGAGGCUGAACUUGGCAUUCCAGAACCAAAACAUGAAGCACAGGGACAGGACGUGUAUUUCGAGGUCCUUCACUUGCAUCCUAUGCAGCUUGAUCUGUCCUUCGUUCGUACAGAACGAGUCAAUGUUGAGGAUACGACAGAGUCGUCUAACCCAUUGAUGUUCUUCGUCAACGUCAUGACGAUGUCAAUAGGUAACGUUAAUGAUGCUCCGGUUAGAUUAAACGCACUGCUUCUGGAGAACGCAAGAGUGUCUAUACCGAUGCUUGUUUCGAAUAUCACAAACCACUAUACUCAGGAAUUCCUUCGUCAGGUCCACGUUGUUAUUGGCUCUGCGGAUUUCCUAGGUAAUCCCGUUGGUUUGUUUAACACCGUGAGUUCCGGAGUUGCCGAUAUAUUCUAUGAGCCAUAUCAAGGGUUUGUCAUGUCCGACAGACCUCAGGAGCUGGGCCUCGGAAUUGCCAAGGGUGCCACUUCAUUCGUCAAGAAGUCAGUGUUUGGAAUUACGGACAGUCUUACAAAGUUCACGGGAAGUGUCUCCAAAGGUCUCGCUGCCGCAACACUGGAUAAAGAGUUUCAGGAUCAACGAAGGAUGUCUAGAGCCCGAAAUAGACCAAAGCAUGCUCUUUACGGAGUGACUGCAGGAGGCAGUGCUUUUGCUACCAGCAUGGCAAGUGGAAUUGGUGGUCUUGCGCGUCAUCCACUGGAGGGUGCUGAAAAAGAAGGAUUCCAAGGAUUUGUUAAAGGUGUCGGAAAGGGAUUCCUAGGACUUGCAACAAAGCCAGCACUCGGUGCUUUUGAUCUAGCUUCCAACUUAUCUAACUUUAACGCAGAUCUUGCUGAAGGAGUAAGAAAUACGACUACAGUUUUCGAUGCCGGGGGCCUUGACCGAGUUCGUUUAACUCGCUUUAUUGGUCGAACUGGAAUUGUCAAACCGUAUUCUCAGCGAGAAGCGCUGGGCCAAUUCUGGCUCAAAACGACAGACGAUGGCAAAUACUUCAACGAGGAGUAUAUUGCUCAUCUAGAGUUCCCUGGCAAAGAUAUGCUUGUGUUAUUGACGUAUGAUCGAAUCAUGCUUGUCCGAUCAAAGCGUCUCACAACAGAAUGGGACAUCAAAUUGACCGAUAUUCAAAAGAUAUCAAAGGAGAGAACAGGAAUGACCAUAACGCUAAAGGGCGGCACCAACGGACCAUUCAUACCGGUACAGGAUGAGAGUGGAAGAAACUGGUUCUACAAACAAAUUGCUAUUGGUAUGUUUACUUAUCAUCAUUUCUCCCGGCAAGUUGAGUAUAUUCAGUAA